GUAGGCUGAAGGACACGCCGCUGCUGUUCGGAGGAUGAAGGUCACCCUUAAAGCUCUAAAAGACUUUCAACAUGUCACGAGGGCUGCUUCUGUUUUACUUGUUUGCCCUAAAAACUGUUUGUCCCAUCAUCAUUCAGUCUCCUGGAGUAGUCAAGGUGCUGCCUGGUGGGACAGCUGUCCUGACGUGUGACCUGGUGGACUUAAUGGCACAUUGCGAUGCAAUCUCAUGGUACAAAUUGCAUCCAAGAACCAAACAGCUGAGUGCAACCACAGCCAUUAAUACUGAGCCAGAGAGGAAUGGGCCAUGCCUAGGGGUCAUCCGUAACAUAACUGCAGGUGAUUCGGGCACAUACUACUGCACUGUUGUGCAUACUAUUAUGUCAAUCAUUGGCAGCGGCUCCAGGGUCAUCGUGAAAGAGCCCAAUCCCCAACCUACAGUCACACUGUACGUCCCAGAUGAGAGUAACAGCUUGGACGUCUUGCUCCAGUGUCUGGUGAUGGGGGUUGUUCCAUCUGAAGUCCGUGUUUCUUGGGUCGUAAGUCACACAGUGCUGACCGGGUGGACAGAAUCAGGCUGGACAGAUGAUAGUGAUUCGGCUUUAGAGUUCACUCGAGCUCAUGUUCUUGUUUCUUCAGAGAGUUGGAUGGAUAACGUUGAGUGUGUUGUUGAGCUGGACGGCAGGAUGAUCUCCAAGUCUCUGAAAAGAGGUUCAGAUUUGAGCUGUACAUGGUUGGUGUAUUUGGGCUUCGGUACAGCAUUUCUCAUCAUCCUUGCGACUGUCAUUGUUGCUGUUUCUUCACUCACAGCAAGACGAGACAAACUGACUUUGAGAUCUGGUGGUUCGGAAUCUCGCUUCAGGCGUCAAAAUGGUAAACGAGGAACACACACUGUGGAGGGAUCGUGCAUAACGGAAAUGCAAUAUGCAAGUGUGGACCUGAUCAGGAUCGGACAGGGCAGCAGUACUGUUCUAAGCCGGACUAGUUGAAGUCUUGUUUGUUGUUUUUUCAGUUGUUUAUUUAAGGCUUUUGAGAGUGUGAGUAAGUGAGUGGACAAGCAUG